AAUCACACAUUAUGAAUAGUAGAUCUUAGAAUAUGUGAGAUUAAAAUCAAGGAGGGAUUGGAGGACUGAGGUUUUUAGAAUACGGUUUACUAGUGUGUUUUCUGGCCAUGGAUUACAACUGUUGUUAUGCUGGGACUGGAGGGGUAAGCUGGCCACAGCAGUACAAAUCUGGUGCAGCUCCAGCUGCUGCUGCAGUAAGCAAUGAGUCUUCUUCCAGCUUUCUGGUUCCACGGCCUCCUCCUCCUCCUCAUGUGUCGAGCACUAAUCAAUUCCAGUUUUGUGGGUUGCCGCCUAACUCGUGGUCUUUGACGGCAGCUGACGGUUUUGAAGACGAUAGAGAUGCAUCUGCUUCGAAGAGCCACAGGCAGGCUGAGAAAAGGCGCAGAGAUAGAAUCAGUGCACAGCUUGCUACUCUUAGGAAACUCGUUCCCAAGUCCGACAAGAUGGACAAAGCGGCUCUAUUAGGAAGCGUGAUCGAUCAUGUGAAGGAACUAAAGCGAAAAGCGGUGGAAGUGAGCGAAGCCUUCAUAGUUCCAACCGAAGUUGAUGAAGUAACAAUCGACUGUGAUCCUGCUUAUGGUGUAACCUCCACCACUACAAGUAGCACUAACAUAAACAGGGGCAAUUUUCUCAUAACGGCAUCCGUUUGCUGCGACGACCGGCCGGAACUCUUCUCGGAGCUCGUUCAAAUCCUCAAAGGCCUAAAACUGACGGCGGUAAGAGCCGACAUGGCAAGCGUCGGAGGCAGAAUCAAAAGCGUUUUGGUGCUUUGUUCUAAGGAUGGCGAAGAAGCAGUUUGCUUAAGCACUCUCAAGCAGUCCCUCAAGUUGGUUUUGAGUAAACUUGCCGCGUCGCCAACGGCGCCAAACUGUCGAAUUCGAAGCAAGAGGCAGAGGUUUUUCUUUCCAUUCCAAGACCCAAACUAAUUAAGAAGAUUUUGGAGUUCUAUGUGAAUCAAGUGCUUUCAGUACUUGGUCUAUUUUUCUUUUUUCUUUUUAAAAUGAGAAGGAUUUACAUGACACAGAUAUAUUGUUGUAUGCACUGUGGUAUUAGUGCUAAUAAUAUAAUGAUGUGUCAUUUUUCUCCAUAUAGUAUUGCAUUAUUGACACAGAACGUCACAAUAACAAUAUAUGUGUCAUAUAAAUUGCUUUCCUUUGGCAAUAAGGCAGAAGGAUGUGGCUUCCUACCACAAGACGUGGAGUUCAUUGACAGAUACCAUAUAGCUUACACUUUCCUCAACUGAUCGUAUAUAAUUAUUCGACUGAACAAUGAAUGAUGUUUUGCCUA